AUGCGAGUCACAGAGUCCAAGUCAACAGAAAGCCCGCAUGAGCGGACAGCAAUUGAUUCCGACGACGACCCGACCUCGUCGUCCGGUUCAUCAUCAUCGGAGACGGAAAGUGACAAUGACGUCUCAGAUGACGAAGACGAAAGGAUGCACGAUGACAACCAAAUUCCAGCCUUUACCUCAGCUUCAUCAAUACCUAGCAUCACAGGCAGGCCAAAGCCUCAAAUACAUCGGAUGGAGGGUGGCUCGGAUCUACUGUCGCGAUUGUCAUCUUUUCUACCAAAGCUGAAGGAUGCCAACGAGGACUUAGAAAGAGAAAUCGCUGCGGGUAGGGGUAAAGAUAUGGUGCUUGAUUCUGCAGGGGACGAUGGGAAGGACUACAUCGAGAUGAAUCUUGGAUUGGGAGUUUUAGAAGAGAAGCGCGAUGGCGAUAAUUUGAGUGGCGAUGAGGGGGAUGACGAAAGCUCAAAUGAAGAUUUGGAGAAAACCAAGAGCCUACCCAGCAGGAAUACUGAUUCUGACGUCUUGGGGAAGUUGAUGGGCGAGGAUAAGUCGACUACGGAUAAGCCUUCGAUUGAGGAAAUGCGUGAGUGA